AUGGAUGGAAGGACGCAUGCAUACAAUCUGCCUAGUUUGGAGUUAUUGUUCCAAGGCGAAAAGCAGGAGGCUUACGUCAGGUUGACGUUGAACCAACAUUACAGAGCGGUCAAGGAGAAGAGGACGAGGAUCACGAAACCGUCGCGCGACGGAGCCGUCAGCUUCCUGGAGGGUUUCAACUUCAAGUUGCAUCCGUCGCAGCUGGACAUCACCAGUCUGGCUUUCCACGUCUUCGAGGCGACCGCGGGAUACGGUAGGGAUAAAUUGAUUGGGAAAUGCGUGCUUGGCUCGUACAUGUUUGCAAGAGGUAAGGCCCUGAUCCAAUGGAACAUGGCGAUGGCGAAUCCCAUGGAAUUGCAUCAGCAGUGGCACCUUCUUUGCGAGUGAGAGGUGCUCUUAUAUAAUCAAAUUAGCGUAGAUUUGAUGUCCGUCGUAGUAUAAAUAUUUCAGUUAGAUCAAAGUGUAACGAGCUAGUAAAAUUGAUGAAUUUAAAUACAUUUAUUUUGUUUAAUUAAUGUCGUUUGGAGCUUUCUGUUAAAGUAUUAGUUUAUUUGUAAGUUAAAUGUAUGUAAUAUGUGUGUGUGCGUAUUUAGGAAACAUGAUUUUUUAGUGAUCGCUCCGAAUUGUUGGUUUAAUUUAAUCCCCAGUCAUCAUUUCCAUGAAUUC